AUGGAUGCGGACGGUAAAUUAAUAUUCUGGAAGAGCGGGCUGUGGGAGGGGGGUCUCCCCACUCUCAGAUGCGACACCUGUAAGAGACGAAAGGUGGAUAAAAUGAAUGCCAAAACGUUAGAAAGACCGAGUGAGUUAAAAAAGCUAUCGGAGGAGAGUCUCACUCGACAGCCAGAAGAAGUCUUCGAUAUUAUUUGCAAGCUCGGAGAAGGGUCCUAUGGCAGCGUUUACAAGGCGUUACACAAGGAGAGCGAGCAGGUGCUUGCUAUCAAGCAGGUGCCGGUGGACACGGACCUGCAGGAGAUCAUCAAGGAGAUCUCUAUUAUGCAGCAAUGCGACAGCCCCUACGUAGUCAAGUACUAUGGCAGUUACUUCAAAAACACGGAUUUAUGGAUUGUUAUGGAAUACUGCGGUGCCGGCUCUGUUUCGGAUAUUAUGAGGUUACGGAAGAAAACACUAUCAGAGGACGAAAUUGCGACCAUUUUGUGUGAUACGUUGAAAGGUCUUGAGUAUCUUCACCGUCGAAGAAAGAUCCAUCGAGAUAUCAAGGCGGGGAACAUUUUACUCAACAUGGAGGGUCACGCUAAAUUGGCUGAUUUUGGCGUGGCUGGACAAUUGACGGAUACAAUGGCGAAACGCAACACAGUAAUUGGUACGCCAUUUUGGAUGGCACCGGAAGUGAUACAGGAGAUCGGAUAUGACUGCGUGGCUGAUAUCUGGUCUUUGGGAAUCACCGCACUGGAAAUGGCCGAAGGGAAACCGCCGUACGGAGAUAUUCAUCCGAUGAGGGCUAUUUUUAUGAUACCAACCAAACCUCCGCCAUCAUUCAGAGAGCCAGACAAGUGGUCCCCUGAGUUCAUAGACUUCGUAAGUCAGUGCCUCAUCAAGAACCCCGAAGAUAGAGCCACGGCAGAAUUCCUAUUGACACAUGAGUUCAUAGGUAACGCCAAACAGCCUCACAUUCUGAGUCUGAUGAUAGCGGAAGCGAACGAAAUCCGAGAGAGUCAAGCUUACAGGACCGCCAUGAAUGCCUCCAAUGCCAAGACAUUUGCGGCCAGUGGCUGCGCAGGCGGCGCUUCGUACAACUCGGACACGAUGAAGCAGGCGAGUGGGACAUUGGUUCCCGCGAGAGAUGGCACCACCGAGCUCGCAGCUGGCUUGGCCACUAUGGUCAUCAAUGAGCAGGACCUGGCCACUAUGAAACGCCAUGAUACCGACCCAAUGGACACGAAUAAGCCGAAAUAUCGGCCAUUAUUUCUCGAGCACUUUGAGAAGAAGGAGGUCAAUCACCUCAACAUGGCCGCACCCAAUGGGACGCUAACCGCACAUGUACGACUGCCCGAAGCUGAUACCAUUAGUACGCAGGUGGCAGAAGUGUGUGGCGCGGCAAGUGUGGGGGCAUUAAUCGAAUCUGGGAACUUCGAAUUCUUAUCGUACCUGUCGGAGGGCGAAUUGGAGACGCUCCAAGCACGUCUGGACGUGGAAAUGGAAGGCGAAAUCGAGCGACUUCACGCCCUAUACGACCGCAAACGUCGGCCCAUAUUAGACGCGAUAUCCCUCAAACGCAAACGUCAGCAGAACUUCUAG